AUAAAGCGAUAAAAUUUUGUGGAUCACAAGUGAAAACGAGUGGCUCUCUUCUUGACCCAUUAAUAGUAAGUAUCAGAAGAAACCAUGGCCCCAGAUUUUGCCUACCAUGAAGGCAGCAGCAGCAAUGGUGAACACUGUCACUCUCUCUAACUCAACAUUUUGGCACAAACCAAUUUCAAGAAUCAACCAGAAUUUUAAAAUUAGAGCAUCAAUUUCCACCUCAGGCAACAUGGUUGCUCCUGCUAUCAUAGUUGGAGGUGGACGUGUGGGAAGAGCUUUACAAGAUUUGGGUAAUGGAGAUGAUGUUUUGGUUAAAAGGGGUGAACCAGUUCCUAUUGAUUUUGUAGGUCCAAUAUUGGUUUGCACUAGGAAUGAUGAUCUUGAAGCUGUUCUUGAAGCUACCCCUAAAUCUCGUUGGAGCGAUUUGGUAUUUUUCCAGAAUGGGAUGCUAGAGCCUUGGUUCCAAAGUAAAGGCCUUGGUGAUGCAGACCAAGUUUUGGCAUAUUUUGCUGUAUCAAAGCUUGGUGAACCCCCAACUGAUGGGAAAACUGAUACAAAUCCAGAAGGAUUGACUGCGGCUUAUGGGAAAUGGGCAUCUGCAGUGGCUGCAAGAUUGCAGAAUGGAGGACUCUCUUGCAAGGUACUUGAUAAGGAGCCUUUUCAGAAGCAAAUGCUGGAGAAGCUUAUAUGGAUAUGUGCUUUCAUGCUUGUUGGAGCUCGCCAUCCUGGAGCUACAGUAGGAGCAGUUGAAAAAGAGUACCGCUCUGAGGUGUCAAAACUAAUUGCUGAGCUUGCGGCUGCAGCAGCUGCAGAGAAAGGUCUUGUUUUUGAGGAUGCCAUGGAAGACAGGCUCUGCGCUUACUCACGAGCAGUUGCACACUUUCCAACGGCUGUCAAGGAGUUCAAAUGGAGAAACGGAUGGUUCUAUUCACUCUCUGAGAAGGCAAUUGCAGAAGGGAAACCAGAUCCAUGCCCAUUGCAUACUGCAUGGCUUAAAGAACUAAAAAUAGUCUAGGAUAAUAACCGUUAUUUGAUAUAUAUUAUGAUUGUUGAGGUCCAAAAUUUUUUUUGGAGGAUGUAUAUGAUAAGAGCUGAUGUAUCAAUUCAAUUUAAUGUUAAAAUCGUACUCCUAUUUCAUAUCA